CAUCAUGUACCUACUCUUCACUACGUUCCCACUCAUUUUCCAAUCACGGUACAAGUUCAGUACAGGAAGUGUCGGCUUGACAUAUCUGGGAACAGGCAUCGGCUCCUUCAUCAGCCUUGUUAUUGCAGGCAUAUGGACUGAUCGUAUUUAUCGGAAACGGAAUGAAAUCGGCAAAUGGACAGCAGAAUGGCGUCUCGUCCCAUUAUUGCCCCUCGGUUUUGCCUUGCCAAUUGGGCUCUUCUGGUAUGGAUGGUCGGCAGAAGCGGGCACUCAUUGGAUCGUGCCCAUCAUUGGAACCGGCUUCUUUGGUCUGGGGAUGAAUACUAUUAUGGUAUGCACAUGUGUACGUAUACAAUGGGUAAAGCGUCGAUACCGUGGACACCCACGAUACGAUGACUUGAUACUCCCAAGCCCAUCCCAACACACUGGUAUGGAUUUUACUAACUCGACACCUGCAAUUUUAGGUAUAACAACAUACCUUAUCGAUGCAUAUCCGCUAUAUGAAGCUUCAGCUGCGGCCGCGCUGACGGCUGUACGAUCUCUCGUCGGAUGCUUAGUUCCCCUUUUCGGACGCUCAAUGUACGCGAAGCUUGGUUUGGGCUGGGGAAACAGUUUACUUGGUUUUAUAGGCCUCGCGAUGUGUCCAUUGACAUGGUUGUUCUUCAAGUACGGAGAGAGGGUGAGGACUAAUCCCAGAUUCCAGCUCAAACUGUAG